AUGCUUCGCGUUGGGAACAUACUCAGGGGUGCACGAGCAACGUAUGAACUCCAGCAAGCAUUGAAAGGGACCACCGUUUUCAAAGCUCGGAUUGUGAACCCGAUUUCCCUCGAUGAGAAAUGGGCCAUCGUCAAAACAUGCUCAACAUCAGGGGAACAACUUUCACUUCUUCGGGAAUAUCAGCACUAUCAGAUUCCCAAUAUUGCCGCGAGUCCUUAUAUCCGCCAGAUGUACGAAGCAAUAGGAUCGUUCGAAGAUCCUGGCAGCAACUCGAAAAUGACGGCUGAUAAUCAGCCCUGCCUAGUGCUUGAAUGGCUGGAUCACUGUUUAUGGAACAUCAAGUCGGACAAAUUCCGCAGCGAUCCGGCACUAAUUCCCAAACUCGUUGCUCGAUCUGUUUUAUCGGCUCUUGCUACCUUUAGACAAUUAGGCAAAGUGCACACAGGUAGGUCAGGCCUGUUCAAAUCUUGCAAAUGAAUUUCGUCAACAUGUUGUCGUCCAACCAGAUAUCAAUCCCAACAACAUCCUGCUCUCAAGCACCGUCACGUCAGGAGGUCUAAUCAAAAUUUGUGAUCUUGGAGUCAGUAAAUUAAUGGAAACACGAUGUCUGACGCAUCAGGAUGGGAAAGUGAUGGACGAGGGAUACACGAAGCACCGCCUCCAGUCUUUGCCUUGCCGUGCCCCUGAAGUCUGGAAAGGACAGGGUGUUUCUCAUGCGUCCGAGGUAUGGUCUGUUGGGGUCACGCUGGCCCAUUGGCUCUUAGGGCGAGCAAUUUUCGGAGCAGAUGACAAAAUAAUCGUGGGACAUACAGAGGCGUGGUGCAUCGCAAAGAUCCAGCGUCUCGUAGGGCAAUUCGAUGUCUACACAGGUCAGGAGGAAAUAGAGGAGGAGUUUGAUGUGGCGGCCAACCUCUUCGACAUGGAACUAGAUAAGGCCCACGGUAACCUACAAGGCAAACUGAUCAAUGCAGAUUCUCUACGUCAAGAACUAGAGAGAAUCGAGAGUCCGCCCAUCGCCCCGGAACUCAUUGACUUCAUAGAGUCUCUUCUCGUAUUGGACGAAACAAAGCGACCGACGGCAGAAGAGGCGUUGCGACACCCUUUUCUAACUUAG